AUGGAUGAAGAAUACGAUGAUUACGACGAGUACAACGAUGCCGCCGAUGAUUGGGAGGCAGAAGCAGCAGAGGAAGAAGCACGUGAGAAGGAGAUGCUGGAACAAAAGGCAUUAAUGGAGGAAUUGAAAUUACAGAAGCGCAUCAAAGCUCCUGCAAGGGGAAAGAAGGAAGAAGUUGAGGAGGAGGAGAUGCUUCCCUCCGAUAUUACGCGAGCCCUUAAUGAUAUGAUUGAAAAGGCCAGCAGUGCUGCUGAAAUGAUUUAUUUAAAUAAAGAUUCCUCAAAUGACGGGAAGACUUGCGCUAUUAUUGCAGAUAUGCCGAUUAACACCCCUGAAGAAGCCACUAUGCUUGGUGAGGCCAUUGCUAAUCGUGUCUUGGAGUAUUCCACAUCAUCACACUUUAAUGCGUUGGUUGAAGCCAUAUUUAAGGAUCUCCAAAAUGAGUUUAAAACACCUGCCUCUAUAAACGCCGAAGUGGGUCAACUGCGCGUAGCAAGUGAGGAGGCGAAGCGUAGAGCGAAGAAGGCAAAAAAGACGAAAGGAGGACACCACAAUGAUGACACUGCCGCAAAUGAAAAUGUAGAAGGGAUAACAACUCACGAUGCUGUGGGUUUCCACAAGGUAGAAGACAAAACUUUCACUGGUGGUGUUCACGAUGACGAUUAUGAUUUUAUUUGA